AAAUUGAGUAUUUACCUUUUUGAAAUUUAGAAGAUACGCAGAAGAGAUCCAAAAUGACUGACAGGUUCAGCAAAAUGCAGCAGCAAUUCCUGUGCUGUUAUCCAGUCAAUAAAAUGUCGUGGUCGUCGGUGAAACUACCAAUGGAGUGGGAUGAGCAAAAGGCACUCAUUGCAGCCACCUGCGGCCAUCAGCUCAAUGAGCGCUAUCCAGUGCGAACCAGCUACCAAGAGGCAUUCAUUAAACGUCUGAUGCAGCUGCUUAAGGAUCACGAAGAGCUUCACGACGACCUAUUCAGCAGCCUCUGUAUACAGAAAGACAACAAUCAUGGCAAAGACUACGCCUACAAGCACUACCUACUACUGCAGCCAGACGCCCACAUUACGCUGCGCGAGUCGAUUAGCUUUGUAAACGAAGGUACCACCGGCCUCUGCACUUGGGAGGCUGCCCUGGCCCUGGCCGACUAUCUCCUACAGCACAGCGAUGUGGUGAAGGGCAAGAAUAUCGUGGAGCUCGGCGCUGGCACGGGUCUGAUAGGGAUUCUCCUCAAAUUACCAGCCCUGGGCCUAGAUGCUGGCCAAAUCCUACUCACCGAUGGUAGCGCCUCCUGUGUGCAACUGAUGCGUGAGAAUGUGACAUUGAACUUCCCAACGGCGCCCAAGGAAGCCAAACCCCAGUGUGAGCAGCUGCGCUGGGACGAGGUAAAAGAUUUCCCCUGGCACCAGUAUGCCAAAACGGACCUCCUACUCGCAGCGGAUGUCAUCUACGACGACUCCCAGUUCGAUGCUCUUAUCGGUGCCCUCGAUCAUCUGUAUACGAGUCGUGGCAAUUGCCUGGAAAUGCUGCUCGCCAGCACAGUGCGCAAUGUGGACACGCUGCACAAGUUCAUGGAGCAGCUGACCGUUCACGAGUACAAGGUGACACCCUGUGCGAAUGUCUCGGCCUGCGCGAGUCAUUUUUGUCGCGAUCACACCGCUGCCGUACAGAUUAUCUCCAUUAAACGCUAGUUCUAGGUAGUAAUAUAAUAUAAUAUAAUGUAAACAGCACUUGAAACGAAUAACCAACAGCAAUGGUUUAAGAUCCA